UCCCAUCUUUUAAUCUCAUAUUUUCAAAGCUGUGAGCAUAAUAGCAAUAUACUCUCUUUCAAUUUUAUCCAUGGAAACCCAAACUCAUCAGCAGCUUCACAUUUUCUUCCUUCCAUUUAUGGGCCAAGGCCACACUGUACCCCUCAUAGACAUAGCAAAACUAUUUGCUUCACGUGGUGAAAAAUCAACCAUAAUAACCACCCCAGCCAAUGCACCACUCUUCACCAAAGCAAUCCAAACAAGUAGAAGUUCGGGUUUAGAAAUUGAACUUCUUCUCAUCAAAUUCCCAUCUACUGAAGUUGGGUUGCCUGAAGGGAUUGAAAGUACUAACUGGGGUAGUAAAACCGCAGAGAUGGCAGAAAAGUUCUUCAAAGCUCUAACACUGCUUGAACAACAGGUAGAGCAGCUUUUAGACCAAUAUCAUCCUCAGUGUCUUGUUGCAAGCUCUUUGUUUCAUUGGGCUACGGAUGUUGCUGCAAAGUUUGGGAUUCCAAGGCUCAUCUUUCAAGGACCUGGUUUUUUCUCCUUGUGUGCUGCAAUGAGUGUGACGCGGUACCAACCUCACAUGAAGGUUGCAUCUGAUUCAGAAUCUUUUGUUCUUCCUAAUCUCCCACAUGAGAUCAAGAUGACGAGAAACAAACUACCAUAUUUUGUUAAACAAAAUGGUGAGACAGAGCUCAUGAAGUUGCUCAGAGAAUGUAAUGAGACUGAAAAAAGGAGCUAUGGGAUUGUCAUUAAUAGCUUCUAUGAACUUGAACCAGAUUAUGCGGAUCACUAUAGAAAAGCGUUUGGGAGGAAGUCAUGGCAUAUCGGCCCAGUUUCAUUAUGCAACAAGGCAGAAAAAGAUAUAUCAGCUAGGGGAAGAGAAGGCUCAGUUGAUGAUGUACAGGAAUGCUUGCAAUGGCUCAAUUCCAAGAAACCCCGUUCGGUUGUUUAUGUAUGCUUUGGCAGCCUAAACAGUUUCAGUGACUGUCAGCUCUUAGAAAUUGCCUUGGGUCUUGAGGCUUCACAACAGCAAUUCAUUUGGGUUGUCAAGAAGGAAAAUAAUGAUAAAGAAGAGUGGUUGCCUGAAGGAUGUGAGCAGAGAAUGGAGGGAAGGGGACUUAUUGUAAGAGGCUGGGCUCCCCAACUACUGAUUCUUCAACAUGAAGCAGUUGGGGCGUUUCUUACUCAUUGUGGGUGGAACUCAAUCCUUGAAGGAGUGACUGCCGGGGUGCUAAUGAUCACCUGGCCGGUGUUUGCAGAUCAGUUUUACAAUGAGAAGUUGGUAACUCAAAUACUUGGGAUUGCGGUUGCUGUGGGUUCUCAAAAGUCAGAGGAUGGUGGUGUAAAAAGUGAAGCCAGGGCCAGUGUGAAGAGGGAGGCUAUAAAGAUGGCUAUAACUGAAAUCAUGGAGGGUUAUGAAGCUGAUGGAAUGAGACGAAAAGCUUUUGCGCUUGGAGAGACGGCAAGGAGGGCAGUUGAGGAAGGUGGUUCAUCGUUUUCUGAUUUAACUGCUCUAAUUGAAGAGUUGAGGUCCCUUGGGUCUUGAAGAAGCACAAAUGGCAACAUUUUCUGCUCUAUGAAAAACCUCCAUCUAUUACAAAUCUAAAUUGUUAGCACACCUACAUUUUUCGAUCGAACCCAUCGAAGAGAAGAGGUUUUUCCUCAUGAA